GUGAUUUGAUCGAGUGAAGUUACGUUGAAGUGUUAAACUCCGUGCUUAUCCUCUCACGUUCAAAAUUGUGAUACAAGUGUACCCUUCAUCAUGAAGAAUACUUGUUGUGUUCCGCAUUGUGAAAGUAAGCGUCGUAAUUUUAAAUUACAUUGUUUUCCAAAGACUGAGAUAGGACUCAAGUGGGUGGAAAAAAUAAAUUGUGAAAAAUUAAAGCAGCUCAGUGCAGAAGAACUACAUAAGUUUUUUGUGUGUCACAAGCAUUUCGAGGCGAGAUUUGUUACCGGCAGUUUGCGUCUUCGCCAUUUUGCUUAUCCCACCUUAUUUACGGCUGACGAAAUAAAUACUGGAAUACCUGCUCUGGAAAUGGAAAACUAUGAAAACCAAAAUGUUUUUUAUGAUCAUGAUUAUACACAAGCACGAAAAAGACACCAUGAAGAUCAUUCCUACUUCAAAACACAACCUUUGAAAUCACAAGAUUACAAUGAACCACCAUCCAUCUAUAAACAUUUUAAAAUGACAGAAAAAAUAGCAGUGUGUCUACAUCAUGACAAAGCUGCCAAUAUGCCAUCUACUAGUAAGGACUUUGAAAAAACUGCUUGUGACCAAAACAAUCAACAACCGACAAUACCAGAUUUGCCGCAAUUUAGUAAUGUGGUGACAUCUAAAAAGUGCAUCCGGAAGAAUACUACAAGGAAUAAAAAAAUUUCACCAUCAUAUUUGAGAAUAUUGAAUGAGUUAAAAAAAGCUAAAAAACAGUUAAGCUUUGCUAAAAGGGCUAUGAAGUUUUCUAAAAAGGAAAACUUUGAAAAAUUGACUUGUAACUUGAAACCCCUUGCGAAAAAAAUUAUAUGGAUGCAAAUAAUGCAAAGUGGAAAACAUUCAAAAGGGUGGAGAUUCUCUGAUGAGGAAAAAAUGAUUGCACUUGCUAUAAUGAAACAAAGCCCAAAAAGCUACAGAUUUUUACGAAGAAUAUUCAUUCUUCCCUCCAUAAGGACAAUUAAUAAAUUAAUUAAUAAGUUGAAAAUGGAUUCGAGAAUAAAUCCUCAUAUAUUCAAAGCGAUUAAAACUGAGGUUGCAAAUUGGCAAGAAUCGAAAAAUAUUGCUCGCUAAUAUUUGAUGAAGUUUCGAUAGAGCCAGGUCUUACAUAUGACAAAUACAAUGACAAUAUCUGUGGGCUUGUAGAGUUACUGUCAAAAACCUGUGACUAUGCUGACCAUGCCUUAGUGUUCCUCAUUCGAGGCGCUGUACACAAAUGGCAACAGCCUAUUGCCUUUUAUUUUUGUAAAGGAACUACACCUGCACUUAUAUUAAAAAAUAUAAUAGAGCAAGUGACAGAAGAAAUAAUAAAAACUGGAUUAAUUCCUGUGGCUUUGAUAUCAGACCAGGGAACUUCAUUCCAGUCAGCUAUUAAUAAGUUGAAGGAAGAUACAAGAAAAAAACAAAUAUUGGCAAAGGAAAAUACUGACGACAUAAUCAUAAUAAGAGGUCAGAAGAUUAAUGUGAUAUUUGAUCCUCCGCACCUCAUUAAAGGACUAAGAAACAAUUUUCUUGACAAAAAUAUAUUAUUGAAUGGGAAAACAUCAAAAUGGAAUGACAUUGUAGAUGUUCAUUUAACAGACUGCAAACAUGCAGAAAUGCAUUUGCUGCAUAAGUUAAAUGAUGAACAUGUCAUUCCUCAGAAAAUAAAAAAAAUGAAGGUGAAAAACUGCAGUCGUCAAUAGCAAGACUGUUGCAGGAGCCUUGGCAUACACAUCACAAUUUUCCCACUAUGCUGAUGGCAAAGCUGUAAGCUCAACAUUAAAAAAUACUUCAGAAGUUGUGUCAUUUUUCGAUGAUUUAUUUGAUUCGUGUAAUGGGGCAGCACUUACACGGAAAAACAAAGGGAAGCCCUUAAGGCAAGCUGUAACGAACUCAUCGGACCACGAAAUUUUUUGGAAAAAUUCCAUAAAAAAAUUAGAAGAAAUGAGAUUUAUCAAUAAAGAGGGCAAAGAGUGUAUUGUGCCCUCUCAAAAAAAUUAUGUUGUGACAUUAAAAAGUUUAACUAGAUUGUGGCGCUUCUUUAAAGAAAAGGGUUUAAAAAUUAUGCGCCCAAGGUACUUCAAUUCUGACCCAAUUGAAAACUUUUUUGGACAAAUGCGGGCAUAUAGUUUUAGAAGCAAUGACCCAAAUUGUCAAGCAUUUAAAAAUAUAUUUCGCUCCUUGUUAGUUACCAGAUUCAUUAAUUUUCAUUCAGAAAAUUAUAAUUGUGAGGAGACUUCGGGAGAACAAAUAAUACAAUUAAAAAAAUUAUUAGAGGCACCACAAGUUUGUGAAACCCAGACGCCUCUGUCAAGUUCUAAUGUAAUAAUCUCUCCCGAAGACAUGAAAAAUAUUCAAGUAGAAGCUCGAAAAGAAAGACUCAGUGUACACUCUCGUGCAUAUACUGCGGGAUGGGUUGUGAAAAAAUGUUUAAAAAUAAUUAAAUUAUGUAUAUGGAACUGGUGUAACAUAGUGAAUAAAAUUUUAAAAGGGUUUGAUAUUGUCAGAUUAAAAUUACAUAAGCAAUUGCCGCAUAUGCAAGAUAAAGCUUAUAAAAAAUUUC